AACGCGUCGCAGUGCAAGGAAGGACCUCCGAGCUCCCCCACUGCCCGUUAUUUGGAGGCCCGGGUUGGCGACUGUACUACUGCCGGAUGGCAACUACGGGCUCGGCUUCGAGAGGCACCUCAGGCGGAAGCUUCGGAAGCUGCGGGAACCCCGAAAUGCCACGGGCCCUACCUCGCUUCCCUGCGGGUGGCGGCGCUGUGGGGCGCCAGUGACAGGCACAGCACGAGGCAGCCUCUGCUAGGGGCCGCGGUCACCAUGGAGGACCCGCACCCUGAGGAGACCUUGGAGCCGCAGGAGUCGCCCAGCGAGAGGCGUCCCGGCCGCCCGGGGGGCCGCAUCUGCCCCCUGGAGGCCCCGCAGUGCAGCCGCUGCCUCAUCACCUUCGCCGACUCCAAGUUCCAGGAGCGCCACCUGAAGCGGGAGCACCCCGCCGACUUCGUGGCCCAGAAGCUGCAGGGGGCGCUCUUCGUCUGCUUCACCUGCGCCCGCGCCUUCCUCUCCUCCGAGGCCCUGAUCGCCCACCAGCGGAGCCACGGCCCCGCCGCGCGAGCGCCCCCUGCAGGUGCACCCGCCGCCGCCGCCGCCGCCGCCGCCGCGCAGGCCCGCUUCGCGUGUCCCGACUGCGGCAAGGCCUUCGCGCAGGCCGGCUCUCUGCGGAGACACCGGCAGGUGCACGAGGCCCGCACCUUCGCCUGCACCGAGUGUGGCCAGGAUUUUGCCCAGGAGGCAGGGCUGCACCAGCACUACAUCCGGCACGCUCGGGGGGAGCUCUGAGUGCAGCCUGAGCCCUCCCCGCGGCGAUGGGGGCGCUAGGGCUGGUGGGGCCCAUCUAAGGUGGGGGGUGGAGGUCCCCAGGGGGGGCUGGGCGGCUAAGCGUCCCUCCCCAGGAAGGCGAGGGCUCGUGACGCACAGGACCUGGAAGAUUCUGCGCUGUGGAGGACGUGGGGCCCGCAGGGAGCCGUGAGAUCAGAUCAUCGUUGAGAGCUUUUGUUUUUAAAAAAUGAGCAAGAGGGAAAUUUUAUUUUUAUCUCCCUCAUUCCCAAUUAAAGAGCUAGCUGCAGAUUGCGUAAUCACCUUUAAUUCUCCCCAGAUGGAUGCCAUGGGCUGUCAGGGCACCGUGCCUUGGAUCUGUGCCUGGAUGGGGGCAGGGAAGGGAGGCGACGCUACUGGGCGAGCUCGUCUUGAGGAGGGGAGGCGACGCUGAGAGCUCACCCCGAGGCAUUGCGGGGGUGGCGCCUGCAGUGGAGGCCUUGUCUCUCCCCACUCAGAGGGGCCCCGGCGUUGAAGUGGCACCAGCCGGAGACAGCUUAGGGCUCCUUAAAAUAAUUCUGUGAGCGCUUCUCGUCACGGAGUGUUUUCUGUGCGUGAGCAAGCUAGCAGGCGCAGCCUCUAAAAACAGGCGCCAGAGGAAGACGUCUGCGCAGGGCAGCUCCGGCUUUUGGACAAGAAACCCACCAUCCCCCCAGCACACUCAGGGCCGGGAGGGGGCGCUCAGGGCAGAGCUGGCCGAGCGCUGGAGGGAAACUGGCUUGGAGUCCAACAGAGACGCCGGCUGUUGUGUUUCCUUCGGCUGGCCUCUGUUGCGAUCCUGUCUUCAGCUCUCCCGGAAGGCCCAGUGCAGGCCUGACCGGCGGCAGGGGCAGCUGCCACCCCAGGCUGCGGAUGGUCCCGUGGGGCCAGGCUCCCGCCUGCUGCCUGCCGCGCUCCGGGUCCCGUGUGGAGCGGAGUGGAUGAGGCAGACUGAGAGGCAGCUCCCAGUUUGUGGCUGGGUACCUGGGAACUGGAAAGACGCCAUUUCCCAUAGUGCCUUGCAGCUAGAUGUGGCCAUGUGACUGAGUUCAAGCUGAAUUCCUGGGCAGAAUCCCCAAGCUUGGGAAAGGGGCCUCUCCUUUACCUUCCUAAGAGGAAUGUGGACUCCGCGUGCAGCCAUCUUGGCCCACGAGGUCAAGAGCAACACGUGGGAGGGCAGAGCGAAAGACAGCAGGAGCCCAGGGCGUGGGCCCACCUCAUGGAGUAGCACCAGCGUGGCUCAUUUCCAUUCUGUUACGCAGGAGAGCAAACCUGUCUUGUUUAAGCCACCGUCAUUUGGGGUCUGUGUCACAUACAACCCGACAGAGGUCUGCAGACUCCGGCCAAAUCGAGCCUGGUGCCUGGUUUUGCAAAUAAAGUCUUACUGGAACACA